GACUGAGAUCAGAGCACAAUGUAAAUGAGACCCGCCGUGGACCGCUAUCAGCCUAAACGAAGAGGGAAAUGCUCUGAAGCCACGACUGAAUAAAAAUACAAAAAUGAAGUUGCUGUUAAUGUACUACUUUGUUGUCCUUGCAUGGACAUCCCAUGCUCUUGUUCGAAUUCCUCUGAAGAAGUUCCGCUCCAUCCGACGAGCCCUGACAGACUCAGGAGGGAGCGCGGAGGACCUGCUGAUGGGAGAUGAGGCCCUGAAGUACAACCUGGGGUUCCCAUCCAGCAACGCCCCUACUCCAGAGACCCUGAAGAACUACCUUGAUGCUCAGUAUUACGGGGAGAUCGGACUGGGCACUCCUGUCCAGACUUUCACAGUGGUGUUCGAUACGGGAUCGUCCAACCUGUGGGUCCCCUCUGUCCACUGCUCUCUGACUGACAUUGCCUGCAUGCUGCACCAUAAAUACAAUUCUGCCAAGUCCAGCACGUAUGUGAAGAAUGGCACAGCUUUCUCCAUUCAGUAUGGAUCUGGCAGCCUGUCUGGCUAUCUUAGCCAGGACAUAUGUAAGAUAGGAGAUUUGUCUGUGGAUGCGCAAGUGUUUGGCGAGGCUGUCAAGCAGCCGGGCGUGGUCUUCAUCGCUGCGAAGUUCGACGGCAUCCUGGGAAUGGCCUACCCCCGAAUCUCAGUGGAUGGGGUGGCACCUGUCUUUGACAACAUCAUGCAGCAAAAGAAGGUGGAGAAGAAUGUCUUCUCCUUCUACCUGAACAGGAACCCAGACACACAGCCUGGAGGGGAGCUCAUUCUGGGAGGGACCGACCCCACGUACUACAGCGGAGAUUUCCACUACCUGAGCAUCAGCAGGCAGGCCUACUGGCAGAUACACAUGGACAAGGUGAGCUUGGGGGGCCAGCUGGCCCUGUGCAUGAACGGCUGCGAGGCCAUCGUGGACACCGGCACAUCCCUCAUCACUGGGCCGUCUGCCGAGAUCAAAGCCCUGCAGAAGGCCAUCGGGGCCGUGCCCCUCAUCCAGGGAGAGUACAUGGUGGACUGUAACAAAGUGGCGUCCCUCCCCACCAUCACCUUCACCUUGGGGGGAAGGGCCUACACUCUGACUGGGGAGCAGUACAUUAUGAAGGAGAACCAGGGGGGCAAGAGCAUCUGUCUGAGCGGAUUCAUGGGGCUGGAUGUGCCCGCGCCUGCUGGGCCCCUGUGGAUUCUGGGAGAUGUGUUUAUCGGGCAGUACUACACCGUGUUCGACCGUGACAACAACCGGGUGGGCUUUGCCAAGGCCAAGUAGGUACCACAGCGGGGGACCGUGACGCACUGGCCCAGAGGGGGAGGAAAAAUUAAGAAAUGGAACAACUACAGUAUAUCAGUUGCUCUGAAAUAUUGGUAGUACUAAGAAUCUGUAGAGGUUUAAUGCACUGUACUUCUGUGUCCCUAAAGAACAUUUUUAAAUAACGUGAAGUGAUCAGAUUUUUCGAUAUGAAUGCCUCCUAGUGAAGAAGUAUUCUGAUUGUUUCUGUACAUAGAUUGGAUUUUUAGCACAUUUCUGUGGUCUGUAUUUAUAUUUUGUUCUUUUAUCUUCUCCUGAAAAGGUAUGUGUACUUUAAUAAUUUUACAAAGUAAUAAUUUCAGAGGUCAUUGGAGAAAUUUUACCUUCAUUACUGACUAUGUACUUUGAGAUAAAUACUAAAAAUAUAUUUUAAAAACUUGUUAUAUGAUCAGAUCAUAUUAAAGGCUAUUCAUUUGUUUAGGUA